AUGGAUCUGGAAAACGGCGACAACGAGCAGUUUUUGGAAGGUGAUGAUGAUAGCGAGACACCAAGAGAAAUUUGUGACGGAAAAUACUUGGUGGGUUGUGAAAUUGGCAGACGAGGAUUUGGGAUCGUCUACCGUUUUGUAGAUAAAGAAACUAAACAAGCUUAUGCCUGUAAAUGUAUCCUGCUGGAAGACGACGAAAUUGGUGACAAUGAUGAUGGCGAUGAUGGUGUAGACGAUGAUGAUCAAGAGGUAUAUGUUAUGAGGAACAUUCAUCAUCCAAAUAUUGUUGGACUAAAAGAUGUUCAUGUAGACAAAGAAUCAAUUCAGAUAGUAAUGGAGCUAUGUGAAGCCGGCAAUCUUUACGAUCGGAUGGCAGCACGAGGCCCUUUUACGGAACCGUAUCGCGGCAAAUAUUUUCAAGACUGUUGUACAAUUUGUUUCGAACCCGGGGAGAAGUUUGAUGAGGUAGUCGGAGACAUUCACUAUCUUGCACCUGAGAUUAUCAAUAAAAAUUAUGGACCAGAGGCUGAUAUAUGGAGUGCAGGAGUGAUUCUGUAUACCAUGUUAAGUGGGUACAAUCCAUGGUCUGCACAUACUUAUGAAGAUACUGGGAGGCUAAUUCUUAAAGGGGAGUUAAAUUUGAGCACAUAUCCAUGGCCAAAGAUUUCUAAGAGCGCGAAAAAACUUAUCAGGAAAGUGCUAGUGCAUGACCCAAGUAAGCGUUUAACUGCUCCACAAAUUCAUGUUCAUCCAUGGUUACGAACAAAUGCAGACAAUUGA